AUGCGCGUUCCCACUGAUACUUCCCUCCCUCCCCUGGCCAUCGUCGGUCUCUCCCUCAAAUUCCCUCAAGAUGCCGUUUCCCCCCAGUCGUUCUGGAAGAUGAUCGUCGAGGGCAGAUGUGCAUCUACGGACUUCCCCUCGGACCGUCUCAACAUUGAUGCCCAUUAUCACCCGGACCAGAACCGUCUGGAUACCCUCUCCGUCAAAGGCGGCCAUUUCAUGAAAGAAGAUGUCUCUCUCUUCGAUGCCCCCUUCUUCUCCAUCACUGCUGCAGAGGCUGAAGCCAUGGACCCUCAGCAGCGGCUGGUCUUGGAGACAGCCUACCGAGCAUUGGAGAAUGCCGGUAUUCCCAUGGAGAAUGUUGCCCGGUCCAAGACGUGUGUCUUUACCGGCUCGUUUGGCCAUGACUAUCAGUCGCUGCAGGUCAAAGAUCCGCUGCUUCUGCCCAAGUGGAAUGCCACGGGCACAUCGAUGAACAUGCAGUCGAACCGGGUCAGUUGGUUCUUUGACCUGGUUGGGCCCAGUUCGACGGUCGACACAGCAUGCUCAAGUAGUUUGAUGGCCGUCGAUCUGGCAUGCCAGUCCAUCUGGAGCGGUGAUUCCACCAUGGGCCUCGCCAUCGGAAGCAAUGCUAUUCUGGCCCUGGAAACAGGCCUCAGUCUGAACAACCUCGGGCUUCUAUCCACCGAUAGUCGCUGCUACAGCUUCGACCGUCGCGGCAAUGGAUAUGCCCGAGGCGAGGGGGUUGGCGUGCUGGUCAUCCGCCCCCUGGAAGACGCCAUGCGCAAUGGCGACACCAUCAGAGCCGUGAUUCGGUCGUCUUCAUCGAAUCAGGAUGGAAAGACACCCGGCAUCACGCAGCCGAGUUCAGACAUGCAGCGGCAGUUGAUCCGGGAUACAUACCGCAAGGGUGGUCUGGAUCUGGCUUCUACACGGUAUUUCGAGGCACAUGGAACAGGUAUGCUACUCUUACCAUCUUUCAAGGCGAUUGGAUCGAUAUUUAGGAAUCAUCGCAGUCCAGAUGAUCCAGGAUCCGUCAAGUCGACCAUCGGCCAUUUAGAAGGCGCCAGCGGAAUUGCAGGCAUCAUCAAGGCCGUUCUUGCUUUGGAACGAGGCGUCAUUCCUCCGAAUAGCACGAAUUAUGAGAAUCUGAAUCCUCGAAUUGACGAUGAAUUCUGGAAUAUCAAGAUACCCAACAAAGCUAUAUCCUGGCCAACAGACGGUCUCAGACGGGCAUCUGUCAGUUCAUUCGGCUUUGGUGGUUCCAACUCGCAUAUUGUGCUGGACGAUGCAUACCAUUUCCUGCAUCUCCGAGGACUGCGAGGGAACCACAACACCGUCAAACGUCCUCCAUCUGUCAAGUGCAAUGGCGUCGUCAGCAUCGAGAAUGCCCAGGAAGCCAAUAGCCUCACCCAACAUUCACCCAAAGUCCUCGUCUGGUCGUCUGCAGAUGAACAGGGAAUUGCCCGUCUACAAGACGCCUGGAGACCGUUUCUAUCCACCAUCGAAGAAGACAGACAGCAAUAUCUGAAUGAUCUCGCAUACACCCUCAACAGACGCCGAAGCCACAUGCCAUGGCGCACAUUCGUCGUUGCCCAGCCUGACGACGACUGGACGAAACUCGCAGACGGGUUUUCCUCCACUACCCGGUCUAUUGCAUCGCCCAACAUGGCCAUGAUCUUCUCCGGUCAAGGUGCGCAAUGGUUUGCAAUGGGACGUGAGUUGCUUCAUGUCUAUCCGGUCUUCAUGCAGAGUGUUGAAGAGGCUGGUAUCUACCUGAAGACUAUGGGAUGUCGAUGGAAUGCCCUCGAUGAACUGCUGAAACCCGCAUCCGAGUCGAACGUCAACCAGACCGAAUACAGCCAGACACUCUGCACAGUGGUCCAAGUCGCUCUGGUUGAUCUUCUUCGAUCGUGGGAUAUCGCCCCCAAGGCAGUGGUUGGUCAUUCGUCUGGAGAGAUUGCCGCAGCAUACUGCACCCGCGCCAUUUCACGAACCUCAGCCUGGAAGAUUGCCUACCAUCGAGGCAAACUGAGUGGAAAGCUGGAGAAAUUCAGUCGAACCAAGGGGUCGAUGUUAGCUGUGGCGCUAUCUGAACAGGAUGUUCUGUCUUACCUGGACGAUCUCAGCGAUGAGGUUGAUAUCCUUCGCCUGACGGUUGCGUGUAUCAACAGUCCCAAGAGUCUGACCAUUUCCGGAGAAGAAGACCAGAUCGAUCUGCUCCGAGAACGACUCGACAAAGAAGGCGUCUUUGCCCGGAAGCUCAAGGUGUCUGUGGCGUAUCACUCGUUCCAGAUGCACGAGAUUGCCGGCCACUAUCAGCGAGCCAUCGGCAGUCUGGAUAGAGACAGUUCGGAUGCCAACGAUCCUCCUGAGAUGGUCUCGUCGGUCACAGGAACCUGGGCUGCUCCAGAUGAACUGCGCCGGGCAUCGUAUUGGGUGCGCAACAUGGUCUCUCCUGUCCUGUUCUCGCAAGCUGUAUCCAAGCUGUUCUCUGAGACGACGUCGGAUCCCAUCAAGAAGCUGGAUCGAAGCCAUCGACGAAAACUCCCUAUCCACCAUUUGGUGGAGGUUGGACCGCAUUCAGUCUUGCAAGGACCGUGCAAGGAUAUCCUCAAGACAAUCAAGAAGGACAAGACGGCGUAUCUCUCCAUGCUGGUGCGGAAUGUCUCUGCGGUCGAUACUGCAUUGUCCGUCGUUGGCAAUCUGUAUGCAGCUGGAUAUCCGGUCAAUCUAUCCAGAGUCAACAACGACGGGGAAUUGACAGACCAGACAAUGCCCAAAGCACUGCCCGAUCUGCCUGAAUAUCCCUUCAACCACACCAAGUCCUACUGGCACGAGAGUCACAUCAGCAAGAACCACCGACUGCGCAAGAUCGGACGGGUUGAUUUACUCGGAGUCCGCGAUGACAACUGGAAUCCUCUCGAGCCACGAUGGAGGAAUAUCAUCCGAGUCUCUGAGAUGCCCUGGGUUCAGGAUCACAAGAUCAACGACACGAUUCUCUAUCCCGGCGCAGGAAUGCUGGCCAUGGCCAUCGAAGGCGCUAAUCAAAUGACCAACGGCAAGAAGAUAGCCGGCUUCAAUCUGAAAGACACGACAUUCCACGCUGCCAUCCGCGUUCCAGCAACCAAAGGCAUCGAGACGGGGCUAUAUAUGCGUCCGAUCAAGGGAAUGGAGACGAAGAGCUCGACAUGGUUCGACUUUCGCGUCUGCACGUACGAGAAUGACACCUGGACGGAGAAUUGCACUGGCUCGAUUCAGAUCGUGUAUAGCCCAGAGGGUGAGCAGAAUGAUGAUGAGAUGGCUGCUGAGUUAUUGGAAUACCAGGCGGACUGCUAUUCGGAGACGAAGAAUGUGUGUCAUACUCCUAUUGAUGCAGGCAGUCUGUACAAGUUCCUGAGCAGCUGUGGGUAUGGAUAUGGCGAUGCAUUCCAGCUCAUCAAGACGCUCAACUUCAACUCUCACCAUCCCAUGCAGGUAGUAGGAGAGGUGACAAGCUACUCAUCGCCUGCCGGUGAGGUUAUUCAUCCGUCGACUCUGGAUGCCAUCAUGCAGACAUCCAUCUGGACGUUGUCCAAGUCAGGCACUGAGACUAUUCCCACGAUGAUCCCGACGCACAUUGACAAGUUGUGGAUUUCCAAUGAGGGUCUGAAAGACAUCUCAUCCCUUAGAGUGCAUUCAUCGACUAUGCAAGGGCAGUCUGACGCAUCGGCAGACAUUACGGCCUUUGACGAUGAGCUGCAGCAGUCGCUGGUGUCUCUUAAAGGGCUCAAGAUGAGCACCGUCAGUGCCAACGAAGUGGAAGAGAUGCAGACAUCAAAGGAUAAUCUAUGCCACCAUCUCGAAUGGAAGCCUGAUAUUACUCUGCUGAAUAACGACGAGAUCACCUCUUUGUGCCAUCAGGAAUACCCUCUUACAGCCACCCCAGACAAUACCUAUACCGAGGCAGACUUCCUUUUGAAUGCUCGCAUUGUCGAGACUCUCGAUCGUCUCUCUCAGACAGAAUACCAACUUCCUCAUCCUCAUUACAAGAAGUACAUCGACUGGAUGGUUUAUCGCAAACAACUCCUCGAUCAAGGCAAAGUCCAGUUCUCGUUCGAACCAUGGAAGAGCCGUCUUCAAGAUAAAGCCUUCAUCCAGACAAUCGAGAACAAAGUGAUGAACUUCAACAAGCAAGGCAACGUGGUGGCCAGCGUCGCUCAGAAUCUCUUCAAAUUCCUCACAGGCGAGAUGGACGUGCUCCACUUCCUCUUCGAAGGCAGUCUCAUGAAGGACUUUUACUUUGAAUGGCUUCACGAAUCCCACGGCCUCAAACGCUUCGCCAAAUACCUCGAUCUCAUGGCUCAUCACAAUCCCAGCAUGAAGAUCAUCGAAGUCGGUGCCGGCACGGGCUCCAUGACAGACAUGCUGCUGCGCACGCUGGGCAGAGGCGAAGACAUCUCGAGUCAUCGACGCUACGCCAAGUGGGAUUUCACCGAUAUCUCACGGUCUUUCUUCGCCGAUGCCCAGGAUGAGUUUAGCGAAGAGGGCGAUCGCAUGAAGUUCAAUACGCUGAAUAUCGAGCAGGAUCCGGAGGGACAGGGAUUCCAGUGUGGGAGCUACGAUGUGGUCGUUGCCUCAAUGGUAUUCCAUGCAACCUCCGAUCUCAAGGCUACGUUGAGCCAUGCCAGGAAGCUGCUCAAGCCAGGCGGAAAGCUGGUGCUGUAUGAACUCACCAUGCCGGAAGUCAUCCGGACAGCCUUUGUCUUUGGCCUUCUUGAAGGAUGGUGGUUGAGCUCCGAACCGUAUCGCCAGCUGGGUCCUUGUGUCGACCAGGAUAAAUGGCACGAAUUGCUUCAAGAGACUGGGUUCUCUGGACUCGAUGUCAGUCUGGCUGACUAUGAAGAUCCCACUCGCCAUGAACAGAGCCUGCUAGUGUCGACGGCAGUAGAAGAUAUCUCCGAGCCAUCACAGCCCGAGAUUGAGAUUGUCUUCGAUCCAUAUGAAUCCGGACAGGAAGAAGUCGCAGAAUCGCUGGCUGAAGAGUGUCAAGUCAAGAUGAAUGCUGCCGUCAAAUGCAGUUCGAUCCAAGAGGCAGCAGCAGCCAAUUCCCAAGACAUUCUCCUGCGCGUCUUCUUGAUUGAGCUGCAAACGCCGUCAUUGGCAGACAUGCAGCCAGAACUAUACGCGCAACUGCAGACUCUCCUCAAAUCGACAACAGUUCGCACUCUUUGGGUCAACCAAGGAGGAGGCCAUCUUUCGCCCCGACCUCACUUUGGCCUCGUCGAAGGUCUCUUCCGAGUUUUGAUGGAAGAAGACGACCGGCGCAGAUGCUACCUUCUGUCGCUGGAGGAAUCAACAUCGCAACACCGGCAGAUUGUCAAGGUCAUGCAGUCUCUUCUCGCCGAACCCGGUGUCGACACCGAGUACAUCGAGCAGAAAGGAAUCCUCCAUAUCGGCCGUUUGUCUCCGUCUAAAACUAUCAACGACGCUGUCUCCCUUCGCACAACUCCCCAGCAAAAGAAGAUCCAAGACUUUGGCUGCGACGUCGCAUUGAAGUUCGACACUUCAUCCCCUGCCCUGCUCAAUGGCCUACAGUUCAUCGAGGAUGAAACCGCCUCACGUCCACUGGAUGCAGAUGAAGUCGAGGUCGAAAUCAAAUGCGCCGGUCUCAACUUCCGCGAUGUCCUGAUUGCCGUGGGCCAACUCAAGUCCAUCCACAGUGGGUUUGAAUGCGCUGGUAUCGUCAGUCGAGUUGGAUCAUCUUGUCAACGCCUCCGGGUCGGUGAUUCCGUGGCGGUCCUCGCUUCUGGCUGCUUUGCGAAUGUCAUCCGAGUGCGUGAGACUGGGGCUGUGGUCAAGAUCGAUCGGUCUGUGUCUUUUGCUGCUGCUGCUGCAGUGCCGGUCAACUUUGCCACUGCUCAUAUCGCACUGAAUGAUGUUGCCAGGAUGAAGACAGGCGAGUCGGUGUUGAUCCAUUCUGGCUCUGGUGGCACUGGACAAGCAGCGAUUCAAAUCGCACAGAGUCUGGGAGUGAAGGUAUUCACAACUGUUGGUUCGCAGAGCAAGAAGCAGUUCUUGAUGGAUACAUACAACAUCCCAGCGUCGCACAUCUUCUCCAGUCGCUCUACACUCUUUGCCAAAGCUAUCAAGCACCGUACCGGUGGAAAAGGUGUCGAUGUGAUUCUGAAUUCAUUGGCAGGGGAAAGUCUGCUGGCCUCGUGGGAAUGCAUCGCACCGUAUGGACGCUUCAUCGAACUGGGCAUGAGGGAUAUCCUGUCGAACCGCAAACUACCUAUGUUGCAGUUCCUUCGCAAUGUCACCUUCAGCGUUGUCGAUCUCUCAUCUCUCCUGGUCGAUCGACCGGCCGUGUGCUCGGCUGCUCUGGAAUCGGUGUAUUCUGGCAUCGCGCAAGGAAAGCUACAGCCCCCGCAGCCGGUCAGUGUAUAUGGAGUUGGCGAGAUGGAAAAGGCCUUCCGAUCGAUGCAGAGCGGGAAGCAUGUUGGCAAGAUGGUGAUUGAAAUGCGCAAGGACGACCAGGUGAUGACGGUCCUCAACACAAAGCCUCGUCUCUCACUCGAUCCAAAUGCUACCUUCGUAAUCGCCGGUGGAUUUGGUGGAAUUGGAAAGAAUAUCGCAAGAUGGCUGGCGGACAAUGGCGCUCGCCAUCUGGUUCUUCUCUCGCGAUCAGGAGGACAGGGAACAAAGGCACAGACACUGAUAAACGAGCUGCACGCACGCCAUGUGCAGGUCAUGACUCCAUUCUGCGACAUCUCAGACGAAGCAUCACUGCGCAAGGCACUGGCCGAAUGCCACUCCAUGCCGCCCAUCAAAGGCUGCAUCCAAGCAGCCAUGGUCAUCCGAGACACCCCAUUCGAGAACAUCUCCUACCAAUACUGGCAGGAAUGCGUCGCUCCCAAAGUGCAAGGGUCGUGGAAUCUGCACCAGCAACUCCCAUCCGGCAUGGACUUUUUCAUCAUGCUCUCCUCCAUCUCCGGCAUUAUCGGAAUGAAAGCGCAGGCCAACUACGCCGCAGCCAAUACCUUCCAGGACCAUCUUGCUCGGCAUCGCAUCGGACUCGGCGAAAAGGCAACAGCGUUGAAUCUGGGCGUGAUCGGCUUCACCGGCGCGGUGGCAGAGAAUGCGAAACUGCAAGAGCGACUCGUCGUUAACCUCGGAUUUGACGCUGUGAUUGAGCAGGAUUUCCACGCUCUGAUGGACUAUUACUGCAGUCCUCAGGUGCCUGGGUACACCGCGACCAACUGCCAGACCACGAUCGGGCUGUUCCCCAGUGCGACCAGGAAACCUGCUGGCGAACGAACUUGGAUCAAGCGGCCAUUCUUCCGCCAGUUGCUGCUGGGCGAUGGAGCCGGAGGAAAUGCGAAUGGCUCUGUCGAUCAGGCCAAUAUUGCCGUCCAACUCCAGCAGGCGCAGUCCCAGUCCGAAGCGAACGAAGCCGUGAUGGAGGCGUUGACAGCCAGACUAUCCAAGGCACUGUCGAUUGCCGUCACAGAAAUCGAUGCAAACAAACCACUGCAUCAAUACGGCGUUGACUCGUUAGUUGCCGUCGAGCUUCGCAGCUGGUUUGUCAAGGAAUUGCAGGCGGACAUUGCCGUGUUUGACAUCCUGGGCAGUGCGACGGUGACAUCGGUGGGACAGUUGGCCACGAGGAAGAGCAAACUGCGAACGUGGAAUUGA